UUUAGGACAGGCAAUCUGGGAUUUCGUUUGGAUGUGGUAGAUUUGAGGUCCUUUGCUCUGUAAGGUCUUUCCUGAAUCCUGGGCUGGGUCUAGCACCUCCUCUGGAUUCCCACAGCCUCCUGAGCACCCCCUGGGCCAGCCCUGACCACUCUGUGUUGUAACCAGGACAGAGGAGGGUGCGCUCGCACUGCACCCAGGUUGAAGGGCGAGAGCGAGAAGGUGUCAGGCUGGGCCGCAGAAUCCAAAGCGGGUCAGCAGGUACAACAGCUGCUUCGAGCACUCCCACCCGGAGAGAGGGAUUGAGAGAUCACGGAAAAGGGUGCCAUCUUUCCAGGGACGCCUACCAGAACGCCGGGGAGAGAAAUACAGACCCUCAACUCCGCCACGUCAUCGCGACAAAGGGCCAGGACCGGCCGGCCGCGGGAUGGGCGCUCACCUGGGCAGAACUGGAGCUGGAAGGGCCAACCUCCAAGGAAACGAGGAGCGGGCGGAAGGACUACGACUCCCGGAAGGCUUUGGGCCCAUCCGCCUACGACUCCCAGGUGCCCCUGCGUUGCUUCGUCCUGAAACACUUGCGGCUCUCGGACAAACUGGGCCUACAUUUCCCAGACAUCCUCGCGUCAGCGCUGCGCAUUCUGCGCACGCCUCCCAGAGUGUGCUAGGCCGGUCCGGCCCGCUUCCCGUCUGCGCCUGCGCAAGCACAAUAGCCGUGCCAGAAUUCUCUGCCAGCUGCUGUGCACUGCUGUCAGUGCAAAGAUGGGAUGGACUUUUUUUUUUCAGAUUUUCUGCUGUUGUGGGAGUAUGGCAAGAGUUUGAGGGGGCGAAGAAAGGGAUUGGGAAUGUGAAAAGGGAAGAUAGCACCUGCGCUAAGCACAUUCCUAGGAUUGGGCCGCGUCUCGGGGAUGCAGAGUGGGCUCUUCGGCGCGCCCUGCAGCCAUGGGAGUGGACGCCUGCCCAGGCCGAAGGGCAAGGACUUGCGGGGUGGGGUCUCUGUGCAUGGGCGGAGCUGAAAGGGAGCGUUUUGCAGAUCUCCACGCGUGCGCAACUCUCGGGACGUGGACGCGGUGAACAGUUACGCACAAUCGUCUUUCUGACACAAACACACCCUGCCAGGUGGAAGCCAGGAUGGAGGGCAGAUGGCCUCCUGAAGGUGAUCAUCCCAGAGAACCUGACAAUGGAGAAGGUGGUAGAGAAGAACCCACUGGUGAAGCUGGGAGGCCAAUACCAGCCACCUGACUGCUGGGUACAGCACCACACAGUGGUAGUGGUGCCCUACUGUGGGCAAAACCAGCACCUGAAGUACCUGCUCUUCCAUCUGCACCCCUUCCUGCAGUGCCAGCAACUGCACUACGCCAUCAUCUAGGUGGUGAACCAGAUGGCCCCUCAAAAGUGAUAAUCCUCAAGAACAUUGGAGAUGGCCAGAGGAGGGAAGCUGAGAUGCUGAAAUUACUGACUUUGACUUGGAUGGAGGUGGGAAAUACAAGAGAAGUUUCUCAGGGGAGUAACCUUUGCAUUGCAUCGUCCUUGCCAAGUCUGGGUUUUCCAACUACACAGUGGGAAAGAGAAGACAUUCUAGGUGGGGGAAUGGCACUUGAGAAGGCGAAAAAGGACUGGCCUGGUAGGUGGGGGAACACUGCUGCCUGAUGGUGAGGACAGCUCUGAGCAUGUGUCCACCCCAGGUAAACAACACUGCCUUCAACCAGGGCAUGCUACGCAACGUGGGGUUCUGGGAGGCUAUACAGGAGGAGGACUGGGACUGUGUCUUCUUCCAUGAUGUAAACCUGCUCCCAGAUGACUGCAACCUCUACACCUGUGACAUCAUCCCUGCCCAUGUGUCUGUGGCCAUUAACAAGUUCAACUACAAGCUGCCCCACCCAGGCCACCUUGGAGGGGUGUUUGCCCUGCACCCCACUCACUACCUGAAGAUAAAUGGCUUCUCCAACGUGUAGUGGGGUUGGGAUGAUGAGGAUGACAUCACUGCCAGGUGGGAGGCAGGAGCUGCAGGUCCUGACGUGAUGAGGCAGCCCCACCUGCUUUUCAGACGCUACCAUAUGCUGGAGGGGGAAGACCCUGGCCACAAGCAGAGGCCCUGGAGGCCUCGCCUUCUGUCCCGGAUCCGCCAAUCCUCCGAUCCCUGGAUCCUCUGAUGAUGGCAUCAACUGUCUGGGCUACAGGUUGCUCUCCAAAGAGCGGCUGCCCCUCUACACCAACCUCACUGUGGACAUAACUUCCAAGCCUCAGGAGACCCAGUGCCAAGCUGAGGGGUAUCUUAUCUGGAAGCCAGAAAGAGCCCCUGAGGCCAAGGUCACAGGGAAGCCCUCCCACUCACCCCACCUGGUUUCUUAUUAGAGUUUAUUUUGUCUCCUUUCUGCCAUCCCUAAUUCCUUCCUUCCAUCCGUCCAUCCAUCUUCUUUCCCCUCCCUCCCUUCCUCCCUUCUCCUUCUCCUCCUCCCCACACCUGCUUCUUUUCUCUUUCUUUCAACUAUGUCCAGAAGGUCCUUCUUAACAAACACUAAUUAGUACAGGGAAAGGUCUCUUUAAGUGAAUGCAUUUAAAAUAGGGAGUCCACCUUUGUGGUAAAUAGUGUGCACAAGGUGAGUCUGGAUCAGGACUUCACACUUGAUAACGGAAUUCAACUUCUUAAAAUACCUUUACUUCAGAUUUAAUGAAAUUCCAUGUUUGUUGAAUCAUUAAGAACGAGCAUUUGUGUUGUACUCACGGUGGACAGCCACCAUUCUAAUGCUUGACUUUACAUAAUUAACGCAUGUAAUCUGCAAAGGAGCCACAAGGCGAGAUCUAUUAUUAUUCCCAUUGUGCCGCUGGAGAAAUUAAGGCAGAGAGGUUAAGUUGCUUGCCACCAAACUAGCGAGGGGCAGAGCUGGGAUGUGUAGCAUCCAGGUAGGCUGGCUCCAGAGCCCAUGAGCCUAACUGCUACUGUGCCCAACCUUUGUGCUAAUCCCCACAACAGUCAAAGGAUGGAUCAAGUACUGGUUUUGGGGGUGGGGGCAGGGGACUCCAGGCAGUAUGUUUUCUGAUCACAUCACAUGACAGUAGGACAUUCUUCAUUUCACCAUGGCUUUCACUGCCCAACAAUAAAAAGGUCAUGGGCACUUUGGGAGGCCGAGGGGGGCGGAUCACGAGGUCAGGAGAUCAAGAUCAUCCUGGUUAACAUGGUGAAACCUCGUCUCUACUAAAAAUACAAAAAAUUAGCCAGGCGUGGUGGUGGGCGCCUGUAGUCCCAGCUACUCGGGAGGCUGAGGCAGGAGAAUGGCAUGAACCCGGGAGGCGGAGCUUGCAGUGAGCCGAGAUCACGCCACUGCACUCCAGAGCCUGGGCGACAGAGCAAGACUCCAUCUCACAAAAAAAAAAAAAAAAAAAAAAAAAAAAAAGGCUCACGGGGAGGUAAAGUAGUACAAUGGUUAAGAGUUAAAACACUGGCAUUAGAUAGCUUGGUUCAAAUCCAGGCUUUUCUUGUUCCUAGAUUUUCAGUCUUGAGUUUACGUCAAAUUCUCUAAGCCUCAGUUUCCUCAUCUCUAAAAUGGGGUUUAUGAGGUUAGAUUAUUUCCUACAAUGGCUGUGAGGAAUAAACGAGUUAGUUCAUACAAGCUGCCCAGAAUAGUAGCUUCUCCCUCUGGAAACUCAAAACUCUUGACCCCUCAUCUCAUGAUGAGGCCACUGGACUAACAUUUAUUCAUCUCUUAGUUCUCUGAGCCAACAGAUCUUUUCACAGAUCUGUGAGCAUGCCCUCAUGUGACUGAAAACUUUAGAUAGCUCCCUGGGACCCAUCAAUUCCAAAGCUAAUCACCCAACCAAACUCCAGAUUCCUCCGUCUAUUAUCCCACAGGCAUUGAGUUACAGACUGGCUUGUCCCAGCGCUUGGUACCGAGAGGAAAGAAAAAAUAAUAUGAGACAGAGGCUGGGAGGGAGGUGAGCACUCUAGACAGAGGGGGUUGGGGGGUAGGGAGGAAACAAAGGUGUUAAAGACAACAGGCCCUGGAAGUGGCACAAGGUCAGAGGUGUGGGAUGGCCAGGAAACGAACAGCUUUCUGGAAGUGGGGACGAAGGGCUUGCCCUGAGGGGGACAGUUAGGGAGGGCCACGUGAGGAGUGAACAUGUAGCUGGAGAUGAGGACCCCAGAGUGAUCCCCCCAGGUGAUGCUUAGGAACAGGGAAAGCCCAGAUCUCAGAAGGGAGGCACAUCCUGAGGGGUCUUUGGAACCAGUGUAUCUACACUGUGGGCUCAAGUUUUUAACACACCUGUCCUAGGGCCCUGCCACCUUCCUCCCUGAAACUGAAUAGGGUGCCACUCCCAGGACCCAGGUGCACACUAUUUCCCCCCUCACCACCAUGGAGAGGCCUCUGCGGCCUUUCCACCCCACACCAGUCAUGUCUACGGCCGGCCAGCCCUUUUACCUGGGCUCCCCAGGUGAGAUUCUUCCACCUUUCUCAGGAGGUGGGACAUGGUCACUGAUACUACGCCCCUGGACAGGGAGAGGCCAGUGAGACACAGAACAGAUUUGCUCUCCAGGGCCCAGCACAGGCUCCUGCAUGUGAAGUCACCUUGUUUUAGACACAGCCUCAGGUCUGUGCUGGUUCCUGACCAGCUGUGUGGGCCCCUAUCAACCUUGAAGGGGUAUGGAGACUAAAGCCAUGGGUGCCCAUCUCUAACACCCUUCUGGAAAAGACUUCCAGCUGACAGAAAUCUCCCACCACAGUCCCACACCCCGCACAAGGGAACCAGGCAGGCUCAGGGAUACGAGGUCCGCUAAAAUUCAUCAGCGCUUGGUCUGUCCAUGUAGUUCCAAGGGUUUAAACACACACACUUCUCACACCAAAUGCAUGGGGGUAGGGUAGUAUCAUCAUCUCCCUUUUGUAGAUGAGAAAACCAGAAUAAAUGAGACCAAAUAACUUGCUCAGCAGAUGCAGAGGGUAGAGAGUGGAGCCAGGAAUCAAAUGCAGGAACCUGGCUCCUGGGCCUGCGCACUUAAAAGAUUAUGCUGGUCUGCUUCUCAGAAGUAUUGAUAACAGUUCCCUCUCCAUUUUUUAGCAAAAAAUGUGUGUGGGGAGGAAAUAAGUAAUCAAAA